AUGACGGCGAAACAAACAUGGCAGCCACCAUAUCACCUUGGUGAAAAGAUAGGACCUAAAGCAGACUUGGGAUUGAUCCUCCUCACAACUACAUUGGUAAACUUUUUGGAUCUUUUCCAGCUUUCUGCUGUUCUAUUCGGUCUUCCAGAUAUCCAGCGCUCUUUGAACUUUACCACUGAGGAUAUAAACUGGGUCUUGAUUGUGUACAACAUUACGUUCGCAUCUUUUCUUCUAAUCGGAGGCCAACUAGGUCAACGACUCGGCUUGGAGAGAACAUUCAUUAUUGGCACAGCCAUUCUCACUGUGUCAAACAUUAUCAACACUGCUGCUCCCAAUAAAGCAGCUUUACUUGCUGGUCGAUGCAUCUCGGGUAUUGGUGCGGGAUUGACUGCUCCGAAUGGACUGGCCAUAUUGAGCCGGAAGUUUGCAGAUGGUGAGGCUCGCAACAAAGCACUAGCAGUAUAUACAGCUUGCGCUCCUUUGGGCUCGACUAUUGGAACUGUGGUCGGCUCUCUUCUUGCAUCCUCUCCUGCUGGCUGGAGAUCCAUCUUCUGGCUAUGCCUGAUUCUCACUGCGAUUUCAACAGUGCUAGCAUGUCUAUUUCUCCCUGAGUUUUCGAGGGAGAAGGUACCGAUUGAUGUACUCGGUGCUUCGGUUUUCACUGCAGGCAUCGCACUUCUUGUGUAUGGUCUGAAUGACAGCUCGAGGCUUGGCUGGUCGGCACCAUCAGUACUUGUUGGGAUUAUUCUGGGUAUAUGCUUGCUCCUUGCUUUCGUAAUUGUUGAGAAGCGAGUCGCGAACCCAGCGGUUCCUCUAUAUGUUUGGAAGUCAUUACCCUUCUUCCUCAUGCUGGUCGCUAUAUUUGCCUUUGGUGGCAGCUUCAGUUCAUGGUUCUUCAUUACCACACAGCUUUGUGUGAACUUGCUCCGUUAUACCCCUGUUCUCACGGCAGUGUACUUUCUACCAGCUGCUUUCUGCGCAAUCGUCAGUGGCGCACUCUCCACCCCUAUGGUCAAAUUCCUUGGAGAAAAGGCAACCCUCGUCGUCGGCCUUGUCAUUACCGCUGCAGGUGGAGUCGCCUGGGCUUUCGCGACACCCGAACGUGCCGGUGGGACUGCUCACGGACAAGGAUACUGGUACUCGAUUGUGGCCGCAAUCAUAUUUGUCUGUGGUAGCCCGGUUGCCAUGGUUCCUGCUCAAAGCAUUUUGCUUCGUCAAGUGGAGGCAGGUAACCAUGCAGUAGCAAGUGCUCUCUUCAACACUGCUUAUCAGGUCGGCGCUAGCGUUCUUCUCGCGGGAGCCAAUGCAUUGAUAAAUGCAAAACAAGAGAAUGUUAAUGGUAUAAUCAGGGCGUCCAUGGAAGGAUACAGGGACGCCUUUUGGCUCUUGACUGGCGUUCUAGGUGGUGCGGCGCUCAUAGUGGCUGUCUUUUAUUGGCCUCUCAGAUCUGAGACUUCGGAGAGAACCAUUGAAGAAGCCUUGGUUGAGGAGCAUCCCACGGAAACUAAAGUUCAUUGA